AGGUGAAUGAACUGAAAAAAGAUAAGCUUCUCAGCUUGUUCUAAUGAGACAUUUUUAAUCAACACUGUCCAUAAUAUACCUCAAAUAUCAUGACAAAUGAUGGGAAUCCAGUCAAUAAAAACACACGACUUCAUGAUCUGAUGAAAGAUCCGGUCGACAAUGAAGAUGACAUCAUUAGGUUAUUAGGUAAAGAUCCACCUGUUGAUGUUAAUAUUCAAAAUGAUUUUGGGCAGACAGCAAUGAUGAUUGGAGUGAUAAGUCAAUAUUUAGAUUUGUUAAAUGUUUCAACUAUUCAGACAAUCUUGAAAUGUACAGAUUUCAAUUUAACGGACAAAUUGGGCAACACACUUCUUCAUCAUUUUGCUAGACAUGGUGUUGAGACAUGUUUUGAAGAGUUAUUAGGCAAGUGCAAUGUGCUUGCUCAGAACAACAAGGGAGAAACGGCUUUGCACCAUGUUCAAAAGGUUUCAACCGUGAAAAUUCUUUUAAAAUGGUAUGCUAAGCAAGAUUUUGGUACUGAAGCAAAGAAUUGGCCUGCUAAUUCUUUGGGUAAAAGCGAACUGUUGACAAAUCUUGAAGAUUAUUUGGAAAAUCCAGAUAAACGACCUGGUAUAAAAGAUAUCAUCGAAUUAUUAUGCCAAGAUACAAGCUAUCCAGUUCCAGGUGAUAUGAGUUCUGUUAUCAUAAAAACCCUGCAAUCAUCAUCUGAGACAGUGUGGGAUAACCUUGUCUGUAUUUUAGAUUUUGGGGCAGAAUCAGUUGGUGAAAUCCACAUCAAGGAGGCCAUAAAAAGUGAUGAUAUGAAAAAGUUUCGCCGGACAGUAGAACAUUGUAAUGAAAACAAAAUUGAAACGAUUAUUUGCUCAACAGAUGUUCUGUUGGCGUGUCUGAAACCCAAACCUAAAAGAAACGGAGACAAAUUUUAUGAAAUAUUGGUAAAAUAUUUGAAUAACAAAGAAUCUCAAUUGAUAGAUAUUAAAGACAGCUACGGAUGUAAUAUUGCUCAUUAUUUUUGUAAGUACGAGAAAUAUGAUUUGCUGCAGGAUCUACUCGAUCAGGAAAAAUAUCUGGUUAAAGCUCUGUUUAGAGCAACCGAUAGUUCAAACUUGUACCCACUUGCUUUAGUCAAAGAUCCAGAACCAAAAUUUUUCGAGCUCUUCAAAGAUUAUUUCGAUUCUUCAGAAAAAGGUUUUGACAAAGUUAAGCUUGCCUCUCCAACGGUAGAUUUACUACAUUAUGCUAUCGAGAAAAAGAAGAAGUAUGUCAAUAAAUUGCUGGAUGUUGGUUUUCCUCUAAGCAGCGAUGUCAAUGGGAAAACACCUCUCCACAAAAUUGUGCGUUAUAAUGGGCAGGCUUCCUUACUGGAGAAAGCACUUUCUUGCCAAACAGAGGGAGAUGAUGUCGACUACAUAAAUAAAAAGAUGUGUUUGGCUUCACAGCUUUGGACUACACUAUCUUGUACAAAAAGGAGGAGCAGUUCAAAUUUCUUAGACAGCGCAGAGCAUGCAUUGAUAAAAUUCAAGUUGAGAAGAUGAUGAAUUAUUUAGCGUUUGAGAAACAUUGGAAUGCAGCAGAAUUGAAUUUCAUCCUAGAGGACCUUGGAAUCUCUCAUCCAACCGAAGAAAACAAGGAGUUUGUACGUGAAAUAAAGAUUGGACUUACAAAAUCUGAAAAAACUCAAGCUCCCCAAGGCAAACAACUUUCUUCCCAGAGUAAAAAGGACCCUGUAUUGUUCAACAUUCUUGUUGCUCAUUCAGCAGCAACACCACUUUUGCCUGAAACCGGACAAAAACAAAAUGACAACGAAACUGUUGUAUUUUGUCACAGUCUUCCGUAUGAGAUGCUCAGUAUUGAACACCUAAAUAACUUCAAAAACCUUGUAAACAAACAGUUGUAUGUUGUUCAAGAUGCAAAAGACCCCGCACUGCUGGACCUGCUAUCUAAACUCCUUGGUGUUGAAGCAAGUCACGAGAAGAGUGUGCCAGACAUCUUUAAUCUCAAGAGAGGAGAUGCUAAACAGCUCCAAAUAUCCCCACCGAGCACUGACCUCCUGAAUUAUUGUCCUGAGCAAGAGUUAAAACUAUUCGACGAAAGAUUUAGAGAAGAUUUGGAGAAUCAUCUUGGUAAAUCAGGGUAUUUCUUUGUCAGCAAGUGCAAUGGCUUCUUUUCUAAGAACUUUUAUAAUAUGUCUCUAGACGUCUCUGAGAUUGAAAUGAAAGAAGCACUAGUAAGUUUCAAACUACUCGACCCAUUUUACACGGAGUCGGGAACCAAAGAUUUCAGUAAACGUAUUAGCUCCUCAUGGAACACUAAUGUCAAUGAAUCUUCUGCCAAUCAUGUUGAAUUCAGGGUGAUGUACCACGAAACGCUGAAUGUAUCAAGAUUCGCAACACCUCUUAUCUGCUCCCUUCUUAUCUCCAGAUUUAUGCUUAUUCCCCGAGAUGGCAAGCUACUGAUCGUGUCUCCAGAUUUGCUCCUGGCUUUCCACGUUAAUACUCAGGAGGGAUUCGACUUUGUUAGAGUGGAGAUUUGUAGUGAAUCAGAUCAGAUAAUUACCAAGGAAAUUCGGCAGUAUUUCUCUAGUCUGUUGCGCAGCCGUGAGGUACAAAUAGAUCUGAAAAAGCUUGAUAUGGAGAUUCUGGAAGUAAAUGAGACUGUGAAAUCUAACGAUAUCGAGUUAGCUGAUUUAGAGUCAGCUCAGUUCAUGGCACCAGAGAAGGAGACCCUGGAAGGGGGGUAUCACUUACGUAGGUGUAAUUUGUCAGAUUUAGCUGCUACAUUCUGGAAGGGGGAAAUCAAGCUACCCGUACCACUUGGUAUUUUGGUGAACUAGACCAGAGCUGUGAAAUGUUACGAGAAAAUGCCGGAGAGAGGAAUCCCAAGAAACUUCUUCACAGACUUAUCUUAACAAAGAAAGACUACACAAUAAGAGAGUUUAUAAAUGAUGGUAAAUACACUGACAAACAACGGGAUGCUAUCUGUAAAGGAAUCGGUAUCGACGUUGGGGAGACGUACAGUAAAUGUUUUAACUGUUGGAGGUUGAACUGGGCAGACUUUCUUGUCCUGGGUCUAGGUAUUGUCAUCGUCGUCGGAAUUUUGGUUGGGUGCGAGGUGGGCGGAAUAGAUUUGGACACGUACGGAGUUGCUGGAGUUGCCACUCUUCCUUUUAUCCUCUCAGUUCUUAACAGGGUUAGGAUGUCGUACAGUCACACUCCUAAAUACUCUGAACUGCCUGCUCUUACUGUCGAGUAACAGUCACACUCCUAAAUACUCCGAACUGCCUACUCUUACUGUCGAGUAACAGUCACACUCCUAAAUACUCUGAACUGCCUGCUCUUACUGUCGAGUAACAGUCACACUCCUAAAUACUCUGAACUGCCUGCUCUUACUGUCGAGUAACAGUCACACUCCUAAAUACUCCGAACUGCCUGCUCUUACUGUCGAGUAACAGUCACACUCCUAAAUACUCCGAACUGCCUGCUCUUACUGUCGAGUAACAGUCACACUCCUAAAUACUCUGAACUGCCUGCUCUUACUGUCGAGUAACAGUCACACUCCUAAAUACUCUGAACUGCCUGCUCUUACUGUCGAGUAACAGUCACACUCCUAAAUACUCUGAACUGCCUGCUCUUACUGUCGAGUAACAGUCACACUCCUAAAUACUCCGAACUGCCUGCUCUUACUGUCGAGUAACAGUCACACUCCUAAAUACUCCGAACUGCCUGCUCUUACUGUCGAGUAACAGUCACACUCCUAAAUACUCUGAACUGCCUGCUCUUACUGUCGAGUAACAGUCACACUCCUAAAUACUCUGAACUGCCUACUCUUACUGUCGAGUAGCAGUCACACUCCUAAAUACUCCGAACUGCCUGCUCUUACUGUCGAGUAACAGUCACACUCCUAAAUACUCUGAACUGCCUACUCUUACUGUCGAGUAACAGUCACACUCCUAAAUACUCUGAACUGCCUGCUCUUACUGUCGAGUAACAGUCACACUCCUAAAUACUCUGAACUGCCUGCUCUUACUGUCGAGUAACAGUCACACUCCUAAAUACUCUGAACUGCCUACUCUUACUGUCGAGUAACAGUCACACUCCUAAAUACUCUGAACUGCCUGCUCUUACUGUCGA